UUCCCGCUUCAAUUGGAAACUAUGGGAAUCCGAAUGUCACUGUUCCGAGUGAUAUCACCCCUCCAGAGGGCAAUUGUUUUAAGUUUUAUUUAAUCACUAGUGGAUAUCUCUGGUAUAAAUGUACCAAUAAAACAUGGGCACUUAAUGAAGCUCGUCUAUUAUAUUUCAAUCAUCAAGAAGAUGUAUCUUCCUAUCCAUAUUCGGCUGUGGCUUCAACAUUCUCACCAGGCAUGUAA